AUGUCGACAAAGAAGGCACGCGAAUUCGUAGGUGAGCCGAUGGGUGAUAAAUGGGCCCAUGACAUACCUGGAAUUGGACCAGAGUAUGGUGCUAGACUUGCUGAACAAGGACUUCCUAAAGCUGCUAAUGUGUUCGGACAAUUCCUGGUUCAUAAUGGAGAUCGAGAUAGAGUUGUGGGAUGGUUGAAGAAUGAUGUCGGAAUGCCAACACGUCAUGCGGAGGCAGCGUACGAAGGCCUCGAUGGUUGGCGUCAACAAAAUUUCUCAUGA